CUCAUUACUCCACCUUACUUGUCUGCCGUGCCUUCAGUAUAUUAUUACCGAUUAACGCCAGUCGAUCGGUUUCUCAUCAUUGCCUCUGACGGCUUUUGGGAAUUGAUGGGUCCUGAAAAGGCUGUGCGAAUCGUUCGAGAUCACAUGACCGGUGUGCAGACGCUCAGUCCUUAUGUCAGAUCUGCAAAUGCGAAUGUGAGACAGAUUUUGCGAGAACUUCUCAUUCGGAAGAAGGGAGAAUCAAAACGACCAAUAGAUGCCAACUGUGCUACACAUCUCAUCAGACAGGCGUUGGGUGAGGACGUUCUCAGCCAAAUUCAGUACGCGAACUUGGCGGCGACAUUGAGCCUGAGAGAAGGAGCUGCCCGUGCAUAUCGAGACGAUAUUACAGUUACAGUCGUAUAUUUCGACUCCGAAACUCUGAAAAGUGACUCAACUGCGCUCAUUCACGGAAAAGAACUUUUAUAG